AUGAACGAGGCGGCUGAAGAAGUUGCGCCUCCCGAGGUGCAUUAUUAUAGCGACAUAGGUGAAGUCCCUUGGGACAUUCAGAAUUACUGGUAUCAGCGACAUCGCAUUUUCUCAAAAUAUGAAGAAGGCAUCUGGCUGACUGACGAGGCCUGGUUUGGAGUCACUCCUGAGCCAAUCGCAAAUAAAAUCGCGGAGCAUAUAGCAUCUUCUGUCCCGGAAAAUAAGGUGGUUUUGAUAGAUGCAUUUGCCGGAGCAGGUGGUAACAGCAUAGCCUUCGCCAAGUCUGGUCGAUGGAAGCGAGUCUAUGCUAUUGAAAAAGACCCCGCUGUGCUAGCUUGCGCCAAACACAAUGCUAAGAUAUACGGAGUUCAGUCGAAGAUUACUUGGUUUGAAGGUGACUGUUUCGCUAUACUGAAGAAACAGUUGAAAGACUUGGGUCCUUAUAGCGUUAUCUUUGCCAGUCCUCCUUGGGGAGUUCUUUAUCUCCCACGGACCUCGGAUCUCAAACAGUUGGCUAGAUUAGUCGACAAUGGCGAAAAGAUCCAUGUGAAGCAUUACUGCAUGGAGGGUUCUAGUAAGGCACUUUGCGCUUACUAUGGAGACUUCAAAACUUCUACAUGGGAUUGA